AUGGCUUAUGCUGCUCUUUCUUCACUCAUGUAUACAUUGGAACAACUCUUCAAACCUAACCAAUCUUUCGUUUGUCGAAGUUCUACACAACAACAUGUCGAAUCUCUCCAUCAAAAUCUUUCUGCUCUGCAAGAUUUCCUUGACGAUACUACAAAGGAUAUUGAAACUCUUAAGGUGGUAGAAAAGAGGAUCAGAAAUGUAGUACACAAAGCAGAAGAUAGAGUUGAUUCAAGUCUAAGAAACAUCAUUCUAGCAGAUCGUGAGGACAAGCGGCAAAAGGCUUGUACAUCCUUUUAUGAAGAAUUGUUGAAAGUGGAUGAACAAGUGUAUAUUCUCAAAAAACAAGUGAUGCUGAUUGAGUUUAGUAUGCAUGGAAGCAAAUCUGCAGAAUUAGCAACAACUUCUUCCUCACCAGAAAGAAGUAAAAUUGAGGAAAAUACUAUUGUUGGGAUGCAGGAUGACCUCAACACCAUACUUGAUCGCGUCACUUCCCAAAUAGGCGAGUUGACUGUCAUACCAAUUUUUGGUAUGGGCGGUAUCGGUAAGACAACUCUUGCAAGAAAAGUUUAUGAUGAUUCAUCUAUUCGUUCUCGAUUUGAUAAACAUGCAUGGGUCACUAUCUCCCAAGAAUACAAUAAGAGACAAAUGCUUCUUGAAGUUGUCUCUUCAAUUACGGGAAGCAAUCAAGAAGUGAGCGAUGAUGAACUAAUGGAGAUUGUGUAUAGAGGUUUGAAGGGUAGGAGAUUCCUAUUUGUCAUAGAUGAUAUUUGGAGUACUGAGGCAUGGGACCAAAUGCAAAGAAUAUUUCCAAAUGAUGACAAUAAAAGCCGAAUUCUAUUAACUACUCGGCUCAAGUAUGUUGCUGAUUAUGUAAACUGCCCUGAUUUUCCUCCUCAUAGUAUGUCUUUUCUAAGUCAAGAUGAUAGUUGGAAUCUAUUCACCGAAAAAUUAUUCAAAAAAGAUCCGUGUCCUCCUUUACUUGUAGAAAUGGGGAAGCAUAUUGUAGAACAAUGUCAAGGAUUACCUCUCUCGAUUAUUGUCGUUGCUGGACUUCUUUGA